AUGCCAGACUUCAUCGCCACUACUGUCCGCAGUACUAGCGCUCACAAGGAUUAUCCUAUGGGUGCUUGGGCUGCAAAUCAGGAGCGGGACAUUCGGAAAUAUCCUUAUUCAACUGAUAUGAGCAUCAACCCCUCUACCUACAAGACGUUGGACAAGCCUGGUUACUGGGGCGUUCAUGCCAUUGGCGAAGUUUGGGCAGAGGUCCUCUGGGUUAUCGAGCAGGAAUUCAUUAGAGAAGCACGGAUUUGCGGACACUCUUCCCACCCCAGCCCGAUGAGAAUGGCGACAUCCCAGAGGGAGAUUUCUAUCACAAGCAGGAGUACAGGGCCAAAAGCACCAAGAAGCCUUUGGUACGGUAACCCUUUGUUCUUGCAGCUCGUGAUCAACGCUAUGAAGUUGCAGCCUUGCCGUCCUUCUAGAUUCUUCGAUGCUCGUGAUGCUAUCCUCCAGGCUGACCGAAUCCUUACCGGAGGCAAGAACCAGUGUGAGCUUUGGAUUGGAUUCAGUCAGCGUGAAUUGGGUCCUGAUGCAAUCAUUAUUGGCUCCACUCCUUGGGGUGGAAAUGUUCGCAUUGAUGAUUUCGACAUUCUCCUGGUGUUUGCAACAAGUAGAGGCGCAAGACUCAAUCGGCGAUGGAUACAAGAUGUCGAAUUAUACAUACAUCACAGUACUACCAUGGGUCGUCUAGAGCUUCUUUAA